AUGAGAGAUGCACUAAUCAAUUGGGCAAUUAUCUUUUGUUGUCUUCAAGCGACAUCGAUAUUUGCUGAGCAUCAAAUUGAAUUACAUCCCGUUUAUAGCAAAUCAAACCAACAUACCGGAUAUGCUGCAAAGGUGAUGAUCGGUGAACCGAAAAAGGAAUUCUCUCUUCUUCUGGAUACUGUUACCAGUUUUCUUUGGGUUUUCCCUCCAACAUUUGCAUCGUUUUUCUCAAAUGGCUCAUGGGAAACGGCGACGAGAAUGCCGGGUUACUCAUCUUCACAAUCGCAAACAGUGAAUAGAACUAAUUAUAUUCAUCUAGAUCAAAUUUACGAUUCCAGAAAAGUUACAAUGACUCAGUUUACGGAUAACAUUUCGUUUAAUACAUUAAAUGGAACACACGUCGAUUUCCUAAGUUCUCCAUUCUGUGUAACAAGAACCGUGCAAUGGCGUAAAUUUGACGAUUAUCAAAAAAUCGAUGGUAUGCUCGGUUUAUCAACGUUGCAUGUUUUCGGCGCUCCAUUUGGAAUUCCUAGCUACUCUUUCUCCUGCCAAUCGAUUGCGGAUAAUCCGAUAAGGAGGGCUAUUCGGAAUUAUGAACUGCAACCGGUUAUUACCAUUGCAUUGCCACCAUUGGAUUCUAAGAAGAAAGCGAUGUUGACGUUUGGUGGACGUAAUAACCAAUCAUGCGAUUUGAAUUAUGAAACCACUGAACCGCUUCGUUUGAAGUAUGAAACCACUGAAUUGCUUCGUUUGAUUAAUGAAAACAUUGAACUUCAUUCUCGUGUGCCUCUUCCUCCUUUACAUCAUAUACUGUCAAAUCGAUCCGGAAAUCAUUACGAAUUCGAAUAUAACUCCAUCAAAAUGGGCGAUGUGAUGUCUUCUAUAGUAUCAUUUGCAUAUCCGAACACUAUAGAGCCAUAUAUUGGUGUUCCUGACGUAUUCCUUCGUAAAAUCGUUGAGAAUCUCAAUGCAACGUUUGAUUCAUCAGAGAACAAAUAUAAGGUACAAUGUAAAGGAUCCGUCGCUUAUGAUACAUAUCAACCUUUCGAGAUAUCCACCGAUAGUAAUACUUACGUCGUUCCGCCACAACAUUUCAUAAUCAAACAUAAUCCGGACGAUAUAUUAUGCGAACUUGCGUUCAGAAGGAAUGAAAGAAUUAUUUACGCUUUAUAUGCUUCUAAUAAUCUAGUCGAACAAUAUAAAGGUAAUGAUCGAUAUGCAGUUAUGCUUGGAAUACCAUUCUUCCACCAAUACUGCGUUACGUUGAAACCACGUGAUUAUAAUAUUAAUUUCGCACCGAUAAUUUAG